AUGCGAGAUUUUAGAACCGUGUACAAUUUUUACAAGGCAUCUCGGUAUUUGUCAAAUUUUGCACGGCAUUUGCUUGUCAUCAUGUUAGUUCCCACAUUUGAAUUGAUCUGCCUGGCAACCUCUAAUUCUAAUGCUGUUUUCUGUUUCUGUAAUCUGAUCAUAGUCAUUCUAGUUGUUGAAAAUUCCAAGUCAACUUCACAGUACAAUGAAGAGAAACCUGAUCCUUCUCACAGUUUUGCCCGUGAAAACAAAGAUUUCACAAACAUGAAAAAUGAUUAUUCUUCAUGUGGGAAGGCGAAGAAAUUGGCUGAAGCCGAUGAAGCUGAAGCUUCAUCUGCCGGUAUAACAACUGAUGAAGCAUCAUGUGUCAGUAUAACAAAGAUCGACUAUGAAGAAAUAUGUUGGAAUGAAGAAGAAUAUGUCAAGAAUAAAUUGAGAAGAAGAGUUGAAGAAUUCAUCGAGAAAACAAAUACACGAUGGAGGGUUGAAAUGUUGUAA